CUCGACAUCCAUCAUUGGACUUGAAGAUGUCUCCAGGAAAUGCAACCAGGCACGUGACAUCUGCCAGCCUCAAGGACCCUGAGACUCAGGAGUCAGGUGUUCACCAACUUUUUGUUAACGGCACAUUGUUUUCUGGCAUCUUCAACCCCACCGCCUGCUUCCACACGGGAAGCAUCGUCCUGUUCACGGUAAUCAGUGAGUAUUACCCUGUGUAUGACAGUGUAAAUCUUUACAACACUGACAGCGACUUUGACUGGGGAGCAUUCCGUGACCUUGUGAAGAAGAUGGAAUUUGCCUCAAACUCAUCCUGGCUCUUUAUUUAUCGCUUCAACCAACCUGGUGUUCAUGUCUUCCAACUGAGCAGCAAUCCUAACAAGAAAAUGUAUGUCCGAGUGAUGCCUGUUGGUGGCCAGUGCUAUGAAGAGGGGCCCUUCUUCCCCACCAGCCCCAGCAGCUUUAUCCGCAUGGGCAUCCGCAGGGCCCAAGACCUACACUUCAAUCCUGAUUGGUUCAUUAUUUCCAGUUUACUGGCGGCAGUGAUGGCAACAGUCGGUAUCUGUGCAGGAUUGAUGCUCCUCUUCAGGAAGAGCAGUUGGCCCAAGAAAGUGAUAGUUACUCCGAGGUACCAGCACCUCCAGAAGGCAUAUAACUUUGAUGAUUAUUCCUCAAAAGAGGCUGCCAUCAUUGCUGUGAAAAAGACUCACCGGAGUCUGCAGUUUGCAGAACAAACUGGGGAAAGGGAUGAGAAUGGAGGCAGAAAGGAAGAUUCUGUCUCAAAAAACAGAGAAUUUGGGAAUUAUGAUGAACAGAUUGAUUUGGAAUUGUUUAAUACCAACACGUUCUAUCAAAUUCUACUGAAACAAUCGUUGGCAGUGUCAGUCAGAUUAAGCCAACACAAGAAGGAGGUAAAGAUGUUGUAUCAAAAAAUAACUGAAGUGACUGAGUCACUCAGGGAACACUGGAUGGAGAGAACGAACUUCGUUGGAAAGCAUGUAAUUAAAAAGGCUGACCUGGAAGUGUAUAAGAAGAUGUGUUACAAGGUAAGGCUGGAGAUUAAGAGGCGGAAGGACAUUGGGCUGGAGCUUGAAGAAAUCCUGGACAAACAGCAACAACUAUUCCAGGCAGACUGGAACCAUCGAGAGGAACAUCACAUCACCUUCAGUGUAGCCCUGAGAGAAGCGGUCAGAUUAUUGGAAGAACCUCUGAACCAUGAGGAGAACUCAGCAAUGGAAACCAGCCCAGUCAAUCAGCGAGAUUCAGAACAGGUUGAGGCAUUAUUAUUACAAAUGUCGGAUGCCAUCGCAAAGGAGUGUGAGCGACUGAGUGUCUGGUCUGUGCUGGGGAAAGGAAUGGGAGCCCAACUUGUGGAAAAGGAGACUUUGAAAGUUCUCUCCAAAGAGGAAUUAAUUGGAGCUGAUAUAGACCAUGGACUCCUCCAGGUGGAUCAGCUGACGGGGCUGCUCACUCCAAGUCCUGACGUUGUUAUGCUUUUAGACAAUAAAUACACCAUGCCUGUGCCCGACAGCUUCUUCCUUCACCCUCAGACUGGACGAGUGCUCCCCAUGGCUGGUAACGUGUGUUAUGACACCAUGAGGUCCUGUCUCCUUCCUGUCACAGACUUGGCAACAGGUGUGGUUUACCAGAGUGAGGAGAAUUUGAUUCCAUAUGUACCGUACCCACUGUGUCCAGAGGCCAGUCUCCCACAGAAGCUACAUCAGAGUGAUGUGAAAUUGGGAGAACCGAUGCCAGAUCCAGAGACGGGAAUUAGAGUGCCGGUCAUAGCCAUGACUAUUCACCUGCAGACUGGCUUGGUCCAUCCUCUAGGGGGAACCUAUAUCAGCCCGAUCACAAGAAUGUUGGCACCAAUUGAACUGGGUGCUCCAAUGGUCUGCAAGAAGACUGGUCAGAUGGUACCCAUCAUAGGGGUUGGUCUGAACACCACAACAGGUGCAGUGAUACCUCUGGGAGGUGUGCUGAAGUCUUCCAAUAAGCCCAUGUUUCUCGGGUACAGCUUUACAGAGCCUCUCAGUGGAAGAUCUGCUCGAAUUUCAGGUGCUUAUGUUCAAGACACUGAAGUGAUGCCUCACGCAGGAGGCUACCAGGCAUUGCUCGAUGGUGCCGUGCUGGUGAAUGAAGCCCAGAUCCUGGAAACAUUGAAGGACUGUAAAGACUCUGUGACUGCACAAGGCUCCGGAGUGUCCUCCCUAAACCAGAAACAGCGAGGCACACUGAGGGAAGCACUAGGUGACUUAGUGAGGGCACGCAGAAGGUCCUGGGCACACAUUAUUCACACCAUGCACAACUUGGAGAGACAGAGGAAGGAAGCAAAAGAUCUUGCAAACAGAGGUGGUAAUGUUGGAAUGAUACCAUUUGCUGCCACGGAUUUGUUGUUUCCUGCUGUUGUCGGGAUGUAUAUUCCUGAUCCUGGAGGCUCUGGACUAGAAGUGCCAAUUUUAGGGGUGGAAUAUGACUCAGACACUGGCCGGCUAAUCCCACUUGCUGGGACCAUGGAGGAUUCUGACGGAAGAGGGCUGAUACCAAUUGCUCUUGGUGCCAGAGGCAUUGACCCCAUCACCGGUGAAACUGGCCCGGUUGUAGGAGCCCGUUUAGAUGCACGGACAAAGAUUGUGCUGCCAGUCAUACAGGGAUCAAGAGGCAUCAUGAGGCGAAAGCUGGAUGGAGAAAUGGUCAAAACCCUGGAUGAAGAACUCCACUGUAGGCGUGAACACUGGCAUCAUCAGCAACAGAAGGAAGAAGCCCUUUUCAUUGCUUUGAAAGAUUUACUGCAGGAGGUCACUGACACCAAAACUGAUUGCAGAUUCACAAAGGUUGAGGAUAAGGUGAGAGCUGUUGGUGAAAAGAUCAUCCUUUUACAAGACUGUGCCCAGAGUGAAGCACAGCGCAGGCACAUGGAGGAAUCUAACUUAGCAUCCUUGAUGCCAACUGACGUCAUUGUUUUGUUGUCAAAAGUGGACAAGGAGGAAGCGGAGCAGCAAAUGUUAUUCUUAGCUGCUGUUCAGACAAUACUUGAAAAGGUGACCCAGUUUGCCAAAAAAAUGAGUCAAGAUGAGUCUCGCCAGAGGGGUCAACUGCGGCAACCAUGGGAGGCUGCCUUUCAACAGGCAGAAGAAGCUUCUCCAAUAGGGCACCCUCAGUUGAAAACACUUCUAACUCAAGAGUUUCAGGAAAAUAUAAUCAGCCAAUGGACUGACCUUGACAUGGUCUACAUCAGACUGGAGCAUUUGCGAGAGCUAGCAGAACAGUGUGCACUGGAAGCCAAGGUUGUCCUAUCUGGAGAUGUCUAUUGUUUUGGUGACUGUCAGCUGACCGGGAGCCAAAAUGCUGGUGUCUUCCAUGGGCCAUCAGAUUCCACCAACCGGAAAAUGCUCCCUCUUAUCAAACAACUAAUAAAUCUUUUGGAUACUGACAGGAACAUUAUCCUUUCCCCAGACACUCUGAACCUUAUAUCAAACAAAGGUCAUACAGCCAGCAGUAGGCCACAAGGAGGUUGGCUGCCAUACCCAGAGCCUCCUGGAAUUCCUGAGAGAUCUCUCACUAUGGCUCCUGACACAUCAAUUUCUGGAUCAUCACCGCCAAGUAAUAACAUAUAUGCAGAGAGGCAAGCGUUAAUUAGAUUUCACAUUGAGAAGCAGGCGUCCGAGGCAGCACACCUGGAGAUCGCCUUGAUAUCGGAUGAAGUGAAGCAGAUAUGGAAGCUGCUGGAAGAGGAGCAACAGAAGGGAGAGGAUAGUGAGAGACUGGACCAGAUGGAGAAACUGCUGAGGGAUUUGUUGGAACAACAUAGAAAAUCAGUCCUGGCUCUGUAUGCCCAACACACGGUGGAACUAAUGGAAGUGGGGCUUGACCCAAACCUAGCGAUGCCCCAGAACAUCCUUGGAAUGGAGAAAGAUAUAAUGAGUGGUUUACAGCUGCUGGUCACUGAUUUCCAAAAAUUCUAUGCAAGGAGCAAGCACAAACAGGACGUCCCCUUGCAGUCUGAGACAAAUGAACGUAAUGUGGAAGCCCCUGUUGCACAGUGUCUGGACACAGAGGGCAGUCUCACCUAUCACUCGCUUGAGACUCUGCAAAGUUGGGAAUUGUCACUGGAAGCCUUAAAAUUAGUGACGCUCGAAGUCAGGAAACUGAGCCGAGUGUAUAAGACAAUAGAUAUGUACAGUAAGUUACAGGUGCAGAGUUCAGAUCAAGCUCUUUCCCAACUUCUCAACAAACAAGAUUGGCCACUGGGCGAGCAGACAGCUUUGAGAGUUGGGAGGUAUCUAGAGGAGGAGCACAUAAGAAGACUGUCUGAUCUCCUGAGGCUGCAGAGGGAAGAGAGAAAGCGAUGGGUAAAGGCAGAUGGAAAGCCACAUGAAGGAAAUGAAGGUUUAUGUUUGACUGAGAAAUUAGUUGGAGAGGAUUCAAUACCGCAUUCGAGUAAACACAGUGCAGACCUACAGAAAGAGCUUGCCCUGCAAAUCGAGGAACGCGAGAACCUCGUAGAGGAACAGUUGCAGUUGCAGGAGGAACAAACAAUCAUGGAAGCAGAAGCAGGAAAUGGGAUUGGUGACAUUGGAACUGUGGUUUACGAUAUCCAAUUGUUACGUCACCUGCGGCAGUACGUUCUCCUGGAGCAAAGACUCAAGCAGCAGCGGCAGGAAUGCAGGGAAGCAUCACACAACUGUAUAAAGCAGUUGUUGACAGAGGACAAUGAUGGUGACAUGAAAUGCUUGUACAACCAAGCCAAGGGCCAUAAUCAAGCUUUUAUGGGCCUAAAAUCUGCUGCUGCCUUAUUGGAGCUAAGAGAAAAAAACCUUCAAGAGUUAGCCGAUAGGUUGAAGUCUUUCACCUCUGACAAGAUUAAGGAACUUGAGGCCAGUUUAGCAGAAGAAGAGAAGCUGGAGGGAGAGAUGGUCGCACAAGACCUGCUGAAGAAGAAAAGACAGCAGAACCUGUGGAUGACGCAGAUAGAAACCAAAUUACAAGACCAACUGGAACGAGGAGAGCUGACACGCGAGCAUAGAGAGAACCUUAAUAAAGAGCACAGCAUAAGGCUGUGGCUGCAGGAGAAGAGUCUUCAGCAAGAGAUUGAGCAGAUUGAGAAGGAUCAGGAGGUGAAGUGGAAAAGGGAAAAAGAUGACAGCCAACUAAGAAUUGCAGAAAGGAAAGCGGAAGAAGAGCAGAAAGCAGAGGCAAGCCACUCUCAGCAAGUCCGACAGCUUCUAAACAAAGAGGCCCUUGAAGCGAAGCUGGGGUCCACCAACGUUCCUCUUGCCUGUUGCUAG